AUCCCGGCUCUGCCUGGCUGGCUGGCGCUCACCCUCUGCUCUUCAUUCACUUUGGUGCACGCACGCCCAGCCAAGAAAAGCACGCGCGAGAAAUCCCCGAGGCUCGGCCAGCACCCAGGCUGCACUCUUCUGCCGCCGCCGCCGCCGUCCGAUUCUGCCGGGGGACCUGCCGGAAGACGCGGAGAGCCAAACUUUUCUUUGAGGUUUUCGAGGCGAGACCGCUCCUCGCCAGCGCAGCUGCCGCUUAACCAGUUCCAGGACGCCGGCGGGGCCGGGUUUGCGGCUCCGGAUCCCCACCCUUCUCGGCGCACCGCCUGGCACCGCAGCGCCUACGACUCCUUCGCGAUUUCCCGCGGUCGCCCGGCGUAGGCACAGAGGAGGCUGGGGAAGGGAGCUCUCGGACUCCCGGGCCACAAGCGCGCAGCCCCCUGUCUCCGCGCCACCCUCCGCCUCCAGUUUCCCACCGGCCGCCAAAGUAACUUGGAGCGAAGCGGGGCGCGCAGCGAGGGCCCCGGGCGGCGGCGGAGCCGUGCGCAGCCCGCGGCGUCGACGCUGAGCCGGGCCCGGCGGGCCGGUGUAUGUCUCCCCGCGGCCGCGGCGCGCAACUCCCGGUGACUGUGCAGCGCGCGCCGCCGCCCGCCCCGACCCGCGCUGCCGCCGCCCGGCCCGGCGCGCACCUCCCUCUCCCGGGGUGACCGGCUGCCGCCGCCGCCCGAGACACAGCUCGGCACCCCUUCCCCCGCCCUCGCCGCCGCUGCCACCACACACACGCACGCUUCUCUCCAUCUUGCGAUUCCUUUUUCCUCCCGAACCCUCCGGUGGGGGUGCGAGUUUGUCUCUGUCCCCCCCACUCCACCGCCUCCUUUUCUUCUCGCUCUCCUACCCCUCCCCAGCUUGGUGUGCGCCUCUUUCCUUUCUCGCCCCCCUUCGUUUUUAUUUAUUCAUAUUUAUUUGGAGCCCGCUCUCUCUGUCUCCUUGCCUCCUCCCUCCGGAUCCCGGCUCUCUCCCCGGAGUGGCGCGUCGGGGGCUCCGCCGCUGGCCAGGCGUGAUGUUGCACGUGGAGAUGUUGACGCUGGUGUUUCUGGUGCUCUGGAUGUGUGUGCUCAGCCAGGACCCGGGCUCCAAGGCCGUCGCCGACCGCUACGCUGUCUACUGGAACAGCAGCAACCCCAGAUUCCAGAGGGGUGACUACCACAUCGAUGUGUGUAUCAACGACUACCUGGAUGUUUUCUGCCCUCACUAUGAGGACUCCGUCCCAGAAGAUAAGACUGAGCGCUAUGUCCUCUACAUGGUGAACUUUGAUGGCUACAGUGCCUGCGACCACACGUCCAAAGGGUUCAAGAGAUGGGAAUGUAACCGGCCUCACUCUCCAAAUGGACCGCUGAAGUUCUCUGAAAAAUUCCAGCUCUUCACUCCCUUUUCGCUAGGAUUUGAAUUCAGGCCAGGCCGAGAGUAUUUCUACAUCUGUGAGUAUAUAGAGAUUUAUCGUGUUGUAGGACAGCUGCGGGAACCCAGACUCAUUUUUUUUUACCCAUGUUUCAGAGAAUUGCAGAGAGCUGGACUCUGCAUUACAGAUGUCUCCUUGUAAAUGCAUAUAUCAGGAUCCCUAGAUACAUUAGCUGGGAAUUGAGAGCACAAAUUAGAUUAAAGACAUAGCGCCUCUCCCCCUAUGAAAUUGCAUGUCAGCCUGUUCAGUGAACCACUGCUGACUUGUAUUUCUUUUAAAUGAAAAUUGCCAGGACUUCUCCAAAGCUCAGGAAAAGAAAAAAAAAAAAAAAAAACUCCUGAAAAAAAAAAAAAAUAAAGGAAAUAAUUAAAUUUACAUAGCUUGGAGUCAUUGGAUUUCUUAUUCAGGUGUCAGCAAUAUCCUUUCAAUCAUCCACAUUUUCAGUGGAGAAAGCCCAAACUCCUGCAAAUGUCAGCAUGCUGAUGAUAAAUACUCUCUUUGCACCAAGAAGAAAAGACAAUUAUUAAGAGCAGCUGUGUCUUUAAACAGGAAAGAGUGUGAAGAAGUAUCUAGAAGGAGUUCCCAGGGAACUGGCAUGAGUGAGUUUCCCACCUGUGAGCACUGAGUGACUGUCCUGAGAGAGCCCUAUAACUUUCUCAGCAGACCUCGGUAUAAAUCACAAUGCCAUGGCCUUGUUUCUUCUCCAUUACCUCCAUUACAUAUACCAUCAUUUCUUCAGGCAGCAUACUAUCAUAUAUUGUAGGUAAAUGCUUCUCAAACUUCACUGCACAUAAUUGUCACGUAGGGAUCUUGUCGUAAUGCACAUUCUGACUCAGGGGGUCUGGGGAGGGGCCUGAGAUUCUGUAGGUUUAAAGCUCCCAGAUGACCCUGAGGCUGGUGGUGCUAGUCUACGGACCACACUUUGAGUAGCAAGGUUACAGGUAAUAUCUACUUUAGGCAGCUUGCUGUGUAUCUGGACUUCCCUUUAACUAGUAUCAAAUAUUUAAACUCUCCGGCCUCUCCUAUGUAUUUUUGUCAACUGAAGAAGUUAAAAUUUAUUUGUUCAAAAAAUACAUUUGUUGAACAGCCAAAUCUUGGCUCAGAAAUGUCAGGGGAUGCAAGAUGAAAAGACAUUCCCUUAGGAAUGUCUUAGGAAGUUACUUUCUCCUGGGGAACAGACAUGUAAGUAGGCAAUUAAAGUCUAAAUAGACAAUUGCUGAAUGAAGAUAAAUGCAGGGAGCAGUAGGAACAUGGGGAAAGUUGUGCCUCACCCGCUUGGAAGAAUCAGGAAGUGCAGCUGCACACAGUGGGUAGAAAUCCAAGUAAUACCACCCAGUAUGCUUAGCAUCGACUUUUCACCCUGGCUUGCCAGACAAACAAGAACAUUCCUGUUUUUCUGACUCAUUUCUUCACUCUGAAUGUCCCUACCCAUUUGUAACCCACACAGUUUAAGUCUACAGAGGAUUUCUAGCUCCUCUUAUCCAGAAAACAGGAUUUUAUAAUAAGUUGGACUUCACCAUCACAAUGACGCUCUCACUUAUAUUGGAAUUGAACUUAAAGAGGAAAUUGAACAUUACCAGUUUUAUUAUUUCAGUACAUAUUUCAGUUGUUAGUCAUGAGAAAACAUGUAAAAGCCUUGAUACUAUCUCACAUUCGAUCCAUAAAAUAAGAAAAGGAAUGUUGAGUCCCACAGAUGCAGGAAACACGGGCACACCAGUGAAUUCACAGGUUCCCAGGCAGCAUGCUCUUGACUUUGGCUAAUUUUUUAAUUUAUGAAAGAAUCUCAUUCAGCAAACAAGAAAAAGGAAAGAGAAGGACUUCAGCUGUGGGACAGCAUCUCAUUAAUUGCCUAACUGUAAAAUACUGUACCAAUGUACGAGAAAAUUAAUGCUCAUUUUGAAAUUUUCUUAUUGGCUUCUUAGAUUAAAAAAACAACAACAAAAGCAAAAACCAAAAAUGAAUAGAAUGCACCAAGAUGGGAAACAUACCUAUCAACUAACUGGUUGGUUGCAUGUGUUACCAGCUUCCAAGUGGAGGUUUUUCCACAUUCUUGGUGACCUUCGGGGAAAACAAUUUCAGGAUGCACCACUUAAGCCAAGCAAGCAACAGCUUUUUUGAGAGCCAAAGUACACUCUCAGGAGAGACAGACCAGGCAGGCUUAAAAGAGAGCAGGUGCACCGGGAGGAAGUGGUUUUAGAUCUUUUGUAGUUUCACUAAUUGAUGGAAGAAAGAUUCAAGGAGUUGGCUUUUACUAAGAAUUCAGGUAGUAAUUCCUAGAAUUGGGUUCCCUAUCAUUUUCGUACUUUAUAUGGUUGUCUCAGAACCGUCAUGGUGAUUUCAAAGGCAGAGAAAUGUUAACACUGCAAUGCGAAUGAUAUUGUCAUUAGCCAAAGUUCAUGUAAGGUGACAGAUAGCUGACAAGCUAGUUGAAGCUGGUAAGAACAGCUUCAGGGGGGUAUCAGCCCCUCUAGUUAGCUUCCACUUGAGGGUUGUUUACUCAACACCUGCACCUAAUCUGCAAGCCCCUGCCUCCUGUCUCAGCCCUGUCUCCUAGUCUCCUGCUCUAACACACGACUAUUAGAAAUUAGAGAAUUCAUUCAGGUUCAUAAGCAAGAUGUUAUUAUUCAUAUAUACCCAUAGUGCUUAUGCCUGGUUUUUCCUCAUUUGUGGUUAAAUUCAAUAUUUCACUAAAAAUCAUUAUGUGUCUUCUAUAACAUUCAUUUAACGGAGUCAUUUAACUGUCAAGGGCUCCCGUCAAAGUAAUUGUUCCAAAAUGCUUCAAAAUAUGAAGAGCUUUUUACUGUUCAGCUGAGUUUAACUUGAAUUACUUUUUUUAAUGAAAGGUAAAAUAGCACAAAAUUAGCAGCAAAGAGAUGUUCAUUUAGAAGAAGCACAGUGGCCUGGUGUUCAGUUAAAUUGAAUUUUCAACCCUGUUUUCGACCCACAAAAGCAUCCUUCCCCGUCCUUUUAGCAAUGAAAGGGUUUCCUCACUUUGACUGCUGAGACGAGGAGCUGCAGAGCUAACACGGAUGUCUUACAGACAUUUAAUGUACUGUGGUCAUAAUUAAACUAAAGGCUUCUUAGGGGAGAAUUGGCCCUCAGUUGAAUUUUCCUCUCUCCUAAUAUGCGUGGAAUGAACAAGAUGAUUGGGAAAUGGCUCUUUUCACACUCAUUACGUUACAAGGAGCUCUAUUGCCAAUCUCAGGAACAAGCCUGACUGCCCACCAGUCAAUUUUACAAAAUGUUCUUGCUAGGACGAGAGUACAUUUAGCUCCUCACAGCCUUAAAAAUCUCUUUUAACUUUUCCAAGGGAAAAAGAAAAGAAAAAAGAACGCUGUAGCCUUUUGGCCGCCCUACUUUAAGGUACUCGGGGCAGGCUGGAGUGCCAAAAUUCAGAUACAAACAUAGAUUUGGGGGAAGGGAAGAGAAGUGCAGUAUUUCAUAACAGGAUAGUCACCUCAUUACUUAGAGAAUUCUUACAAAGUUCUGCUUUAUCCUCCACAAGAUUUCUUUUUUUUUCCCUUAAUUUCGUCGAGUUAUAUAAAAUUAAGAAAAUGCAGUAGUUGAAAAUAUCUUGUAUGAAGUUUCCAAUUUACUUUAAAAAUAAACCAUCCCUUAUAAUUCUAGGUUCUUUAUUUGUCUCAAGCGUAACUCUAUCUAUGCUACGUUCUCUUUUCCUUGGGAACAGAUAGUAUGUUAAGUUGUUAUAAUUGCUGAUUAUGGCUAAGGCAGAAUGGGGCCAUUCCUGAAUCUGACAUACAUUG